CGCGUGGACACACGGAGAUGCAUAAAUACGGCCGAGACCCCCUCGUGAACGCCAUCAGUCACUCGAGCUGUGACCGCUGCGCACGCGCGCGCACCUGAGACGCACGUGGCCCAGUAACCUUAUUUUCCAAUCCGUCUACCCGCCUAAGCUACACCUAAGCGCUUCGCUACCCACUCGCCUACAACUCUCGCCGCCGCUCGCCUGCGUAGCCCGUGGUCGGACCGCCGUCACACGCGGAGAGACGCGAGGGGAGAGGCGACAUCGCGAAGAUGUGCGCACUGUCGGUGUCGCUCAACUCUCGAUUCGGCGCAGCCAUGCAGGGCGCUCACUCCGCCAGUCCUCCUCAAUCCAGACUCGGGGCCGUGUACCCGUGGGGCGAGCAGACCGCCCCAGUAGCUCAUCAGCAUGACCACCACCACCAUCAACAUCAGCAUCAUCAUCACCAUCAGCAGCAGCAGCAGAAUCAUAUUCUUCAGCAGCAGCAGCACCAGCAGCAGCAGCAACAGCCGUGCGGGAAACUGAAGAGCGAGUCGAGAAUACGCAGACCCAUGAACGCCUUCAUGGUCUGGGCUAAAGACGAGAGGAAGAGACUCGCUCAGCAGAACCCGGACCUUCACAACGCCGAGCUGAGCAAGAUGCUUGGAAGGUCGUGGCGCUCCCUGAGCGCGGACGAGAAGCGCCCGUUUGUGGACGAGGCGGAGCGGCUGAGAAUCCAGCACAUGCAGGAGCACCCCAACUACAAGUACCGUCCCCGGCGCAAGAAGCAGGCCAAGAGGCUGGCGGCCAAGCGCCUCGAGGGCGGAGAAGUCCUCCAGGGGGAGCCUGCCCUCGGCAAGAGGGUCGGACUCAUCGGAGCGGGAGGAGGAGGUGGAAGCGUUGGCGCCCUGUCUCCACCUCUGCCAUCGAUGAGCCACUUCAGAGAGCAUCAACAACAGCCGCAUCAUCAGCAUCAGCAGCAGCAUCAACAGCAGCAGCAGCAGCAUCACCCGCAUCAGUUUGCCAUGGCCGAGAGCUACGGUUUGCCCACGCCCGAGAUGUCACCCCUGGACGUGGUGGAGAACGAGCCGGCAUUCUUCCCCCCGGACGACGGAGCUCUUCUGAUGCAGGGCUACGGAGACUGCGGGGCGCAGUCGUCCUCUGCUGCUCACCAUCAUCAUCUUCCUCCUCCUCCUCCGCAUCAUCAUCAUCAUCAAGCGGGUGGGCUGAAUGCACUAAUGCACCCUUCACCCCUGAGUUCCAACAUCUAUUUCAGUGAAUACAACUUUGAUCAUCAUCAGCAGCAGCAUCAGCAGCAGCAGCAAAGCCAGCAGCAGCACCAUCAUCAUCACCAGCAGCAGCAGCAGCACCUUCAUCAUCACCAGCAGCAGCAGCAACAGCAUCACGUCUAUCCAGGAUCGCCUGUCAGCAUGGGGCAGCUGUCUCCACCGCCGGAGCCCAUCCCGACCGCCCUGCCUGACUCCCUGGAGCACCUGAACCACAGCGACCUGCUGGAGGACGUGGACAGAGACGAGUUCGAUCAGUACCUGGACAGCGCCGCGGUCUCCGUGCCGGCCGCCUCGUUCGGCCACUGCGUGGACGCGAUGUCGACGUCGUCGCAGCUCUCGUCGUCGUCGUCCUCGUCCUCGUCGUCGUCAUCGUCAACCUCCUCCUCCUCCGUCGGCGGUGACUCCAACCUCAUCUCCAUCUUCGCGGACGCCACCGCUCUUUACUACAGCUCGCUGAGCUUCCACUGACGGGGGGAGGGGGGUGGAGAGGGCGGAGGGCAGAGGCUGGGGCUUGGAGGCAACGGGGAGGACUCAGAUUCACUGCACCGUCGCAAACUGACAAUCCGCGUCACCCUCCUCGCUCUCAUGGACAAGUUACAUCCAAAUCGCAAUGAAGAUACUGGCCAGAGAGAGAGAGAGAUUUACAUACACUGCGUAUGCAAUUACACACGUGCACACAAGACAAAGAUCCCCCGUAUAGCCUUAACAGACUGUUGGGGCAAGUGUUGCUAGCGAGCACCUAUGAAGGCCGGCACGGCACACGAGGCAGUGGGUGGCCAACACCACGCCCGACCGCCUUUGUCUCCCCAGUGGCGAUGUUUUACACACCGCACCAGGUACUGAUUUGAGGCUGAGUCGACCUAGGGGAAGCCCAGGACCGGUUCAGAUAAUCGUCACUGGGUGUUAGCCGUGAACGGGAAUCGAACCCGGGUCGCCGGGUUCGUAGCGCAGCGCGCUAACUGCUGCACUACCGCUCCCUAAACGCACACACACACACGCGUACGCACACAUGCCAGGCCCAAAUCAAACCGUACAGAGAAGUCGGAGAAAUACAACAACGCUACCCUCCAAAGUCUCUACGCGUCUCGCGGCGCCGUCGCUUGCACGACAUCGCAAGUUGGCCGUAGGAGGAGGAGAGAAUGAGGGAGCGGUUCGUUCUCAAUCGGUGGGGUGUCUACACACGGGUCGCGCUGCGUUAUCCCGCACACGUUUAACCUCUCUCGAUGUGCAUUGUUUAACCCCGAAUGAUGUCUUCGUUUUAAUGUUGAAUCUCGUCAAAAGUUUAAACAUCAUUCCUCCCCCCACCUUACCCUCCACCCUCCACCCCCCCCCCCCCCCACGAUAAAACACGUGCAAAUCAUAAACCGGCGCGCUAACGCUGUUACAUGCUCUGCCUUUAAUGUUAUUCGUGCGAUGAGCGUGUGGGUUAUGGUUCAAGGGCAGCAGGAUUCGAGAUAAUCGUGGGUGAAACGGGACAUUCAUUAUUAGUAAUCGUGAUAAUGUGCGUGUGUGUGUGCGUGUGUGCGAAAACUCGUGAGAAAAUAAUGGUUCCAGCAUGCUCUGCAUGUCAAGUUGACAUCGCCACACCUUGGCUUCAUUGCACGAUUGGAGGAUCUCCUGUCAAUCAACGAUGAGUCACGGUUAAAAAAGAAAAACUUUUCAGGAAUAUUUCAAUGCAUUUAGUUUCUUGAAACGUGGGUACCCCCACCUCUAUCAAAAACGUUUGGGCAGCGUGGAAGAGUAGGCCAAAUAUUUACCCUCUCGAGGAGGUCGUUUCUGCUUUCUCUACCCCCCACCCCCCACCAGCAGUGGAUUGACAAAGACAGCUGUACUUGAUGUACAUUCGUGCAUCACGAGUUUACUUGUCAGCAGUACACUACACUGGCAUGUUUAAAUACCCCGAGAUGGUCGUAGCCUCUGCCUGCCACAGCGUCGUGGAAUGUCCCACUGCCGAUAUAAAACUGUGCAAAACGGUAGCACGAUCAUCUCUGUGCGACAAGCCAUCGUACGGCAGUGGUGGUGAUGGUAGUGGAGCGUUAUGCAUGGGAAGGGAAAAUUCACCGAACGGAGGCUCUAUUUAUUUAUUUAAUUGUCCAUCGUUUUAAAUUUGUCCACCAAAAAAACACAAUAAUAAUAACAUACAACACAAUAAAUGAGUGUUCUUAAAUUUUGACUCGAAGCUUUCGUGACAUGCGGGAAUUCAUAGUCCUUGAUUCUUUGGGUAAAGUCACGUAGAUAGAAAAAAUAAAAGUAAAUACAAAAGUAAAAAUAACAACGACGUUUCGAUUUCGAUCACAACACAAGCGAUCAUCAUCAGGAGGAAAAAGGGGGAAUGAUCGUGAGAACAGCGUUGCCUUCAGGAGCCUUUUCCCUCCUGAUGACGAUCGCUUGUGUUGUGAUCGAAACGUCGUCGGGUUUUUUUUACCUUUGUUUUUUCUAUCUACGUGACUUUACCGAAAGUACCAAAGAAUAUUUGUCCUUCAGUUACAAUCACCUCCCCCCCGCCCCUUCCACAUGUCUCGAGACAUAACACGAGUUAUACACACAUUAUAUAUUAUGUAUAUAUUUAUAUUCGUUCGUUCAAUGUAACGUGGCAACGAACCGGGGAGCGAACCUGUGUCUCGUUGGGUCUAAAGGGCACCUCGCUGCUCGCGAGAGGCCGCCAGACAGCCAUUUCCCGGGCAGAUAUAUCCACCCGUCACGCGGACCUCAAAGUGUGUCUUUGUCGUGAUGAUCGAUGCGAUGUUGUGUAACCCGGGCUACGCGCCAAUGCUGAACCAACGCUGUUUGGCAUUUUUGGUUGGGACCGCCAGAUCAUUGUUGUGGCCCAAAAAACGUUGCUGGCACGUCCUUGGAACGUUUGGGACCAACUUUGGCCCGAACGUCUAAAUGGGUAUGUUGUCUAUUUGUGUGUCGUGCAACCAUUACUGUAUUAAUAGGUGCUCGCUAACAGCAAUUGCCCCUAAACUAUGUAUCCCAUAAGGGAGGGGGGGGGGGGGGUUCAUAGGUUUGUGUUGAGUGUCGAGCUUUGAGCGACAUUUCACGUGCCCACCACGUGCACCUCGCUUGGUGGCGACACAAUGGUAAUAAUUGUCGUUUGUACGUAAAUGUGAAUCAUCGCUGUCAUCGUGGGUGAUUGUCUAUCCACUGCGACUGUGUGUGUGUGUCUGUGUGCGUGAUUAUGGGGAGCGGUGGUGUAGCGGUUAGCGCGCUGCGCUACGAACCUGGCGACCCGAAGUUCGAUUCCCGCUCACGGCCAACACCCAGUGACGAUUAUCUGAACCGGUCAUGGGCCUCCCCUAGGUCGACUCAGCCUCAAAUGAGUACCUGGCGCGGUGUGUAAAAACAUCGCCACUGGGGAGACAAAAGCAGCCGGGCGUGGUGCUGGCCACCCACCCCCUCGUGUGCCGUGCUGGCCUUUAUAGGUUCUCGCUAACAGCACUUGUCCCUACAGUUUGUUCAGGCUAUAGGGGGGAUCUUUGUCUUCUUUGUAUGUUAUAUACUCUACGCGAGUGUGGGGGGGGGGGUAUGAUGCAUUGUGAAUAGUGAAGACACCGUGCUGCACAGAACCCGAGCGAACCCACUUCGAGCCCUGACUUCGUGGUGGCCAACUGGAAUCUCAACCUGAGUGUGUGAGUGUGUGAGUGAGUGUGUGAGUGUGUGAGUGUGUGAGUGUGUGAGUGAGUGUGUGAGUGUGUGAGUGAGUGUGUGAGUGUGUGAGUGAGUAUGUGUGUGACCCGGUGUGACAAUGAUGGCACCAAGAUGUUUAAAAAUUUAUAUUUUAC